AUGGAUGAAACUGAACUAUUUUACCGAUCGGAAGCUGAUCAUUCAUUUGCUACCAAGCAGCUUGAAGGUCGCAAAAAAGACAAAGAGAGAAUUACUCUUGUUCUCUGUUGCAAUGGUGAUCGAUCUGACAAAAAUUUUGAUGUGAAAGAAAUAACAAUUGCAAAUUGUAUUCGGCAUUACAAGAUCCGGUCGGAAGAAAAUAAUGUUUCCGAACCACAAGUUGGUGAAUUAGAUGAAGCUAUCCAAGAAGUUGGUGAAUUAGAUAAAGGUAUCCAAGAAUUAAAUGAUGUCAUCUCUAAUUUAGCCUACAGAAAUAUGAUGGAUGUUGAACAUCUUUUGAACUAUCCUAACAAGAAUGAUACAGUUAUGGAAUCACCUACAGAGGAAGAGAUUAUUCAAUCUAUAAUGAAUAAUGAUGAUGAGAAUGAUCUUGAACAAGAUGAUAGUAGAAUUAUCCCACAUGUAUCGCCAAAGGAGGCAUUUCAAGCAAUGACUACAUUGUCAAACUAUUUGGUGAAGAGAAAUUUAUAG